UGUCUUACUCAUGAUAGUCGAGUUUCAUUUGUAAAUUUCAGUGCAGAGCAACCGAUUCUCUUGACUCGGGACUCGGACAGUCUUUAGUGUUCAGUCUUGUAUCAUAGUGCGUGUGUCUCUAAUGUGACGACGUGUGUCGUGUGCCAAAUAUAUUGAUAUAUAAUAUAUUUUAAUCUUACUAUAUUAUACCACAAAAUUUAAUAAAUUAUUUUAGUUCGCAUCGCGCCGUUGUAUCGGACAGUUGCGAUUUUGAUUGUUAUUUUAAAUAAGUUAUUUUAUUAAUUUUUUAUUCUGUUUAAAAUGGAUGUUGACAAAAGUAUAAUUAAUUGUGCAGAUGGUACUGUGGAUAAUAUUGUUAAUUGUCUUGUGAUAAAAAAAAGAGGUAGAAAACAACAACUCUAUCGAUGCGAUGAAUGUCUUUAUUCAAGUAAAAGAAAUUUUAAUGUGCAGCGUCAUAAAAUAAGAAUUCACACGGAAAAAAUUAAUAAAAAGUGUUGUGGUAAAAGAUUCCGAACCAAAGCUGACUGGUACUAUCAUGUGGAAGACUUCCACCCAGGAUUACGGGAAAAUUCAUACGUAUCAAAGAAAAAAUAUCAAAUACUCGGCUCAAAAGCACCUGAAGUACGUACUAAUCAUCAGUUUAAUUACUCAUGCCGAUUCUACGCCUCAGAAACGCAGACGCAGGUAAAAAAAUUCUACAAAUCGUCAAAGAGAACAUCACUUCGUAUUAAAAAUAAAUUGGAACGUAAAUGUGCGUUAAUGGUACGUGAAUUUAACGACACUGGUUCAAUGGAUUAUGAUUUAGAUGACAUGCCGCUUUAUUAUCGCAAGAAAUAUCCUCAAUUACGAUAUCGAUCUCCAGUCCAUUAUCAAUUGCCGGUGCCAGAAACCGACCAACAAAGUCAAUUAAAUACUCAGAUGGAAAUUGAUUUUUCAUCAGAUUUUACUAAUGAUAUUAAGUACUCUGACGCUAGUUUCGGUUCAAGUUCUGAUAAAUUUAACAAUUACAGCGAUUUCACCAAUAAUAACCGUACUAACGAUGAUAAUAAUAAUAACAAUAACAAUUAUUAUUACUAUGAUAGUAAUAAUAAUUAUUAUAAUAAAGAAAUAUUAGGAAGUGGUGAUGAUUCUGGAUUCAAUGAAAGUUUUAUUGUACCGGAAGUUCAUCAUGAAGAAAUAAUUGAACAUUCUGUUGAAGAAGAAGCUCACAAAUUCAUUGAAGAAGAUAAAAUCGAUGAUAAUUAUUAUGAUGAGUGUAAAAUUCAUUCAGUGAUGCAAAAAUCCGAAUCAAUGGUUUCUAAAAUUGAUGAUGAUAAGAUGGCUAAUUUAAAUAUUUUGCCUCCCAAAAAACGUAUUCUGCGUCAAUGGGAGACAAAUGUAAUUUCAACAAGUGUUCGUCAACUAAAACCAAAGCUCAAGAAUAUUAAAAAAUCAUCGAUUGUCGGUAAAAAUAAUGAGGAAAAUAAUAAAGAGAACGGGGAUAAAGGAUUUAAAAUAGUAGUUCGUCGUGAGAUGUCAAUAUGGGAAGAAAAAGAAUGUAACAAAGAAAAUGAAGGGGGUUGCAAAGUUGUGAUAAUGGAAGAAAAGUCACGUGAAGUAUAUUGGAACGCUGAGGAACGCCAUCGAGCUUUUUUGAAUUCUUUCGAUUUCGAUAGAUUUAAAAUACUAUAAUAUUUAUUUUUUUAAAACUAUUCAAUUAACAAUUAUUGUCACUGUCUUUUUAUUGAUAAAAACAUUUUCUCUUUAUUGUUUUUAAUUAAUUUGCUUUUUCUACAUAAUUAACUGAUGUACAAAAGUACGUUUCAAUGAACGGAACUAAACUCAUAAUUAAUUUUCACUUUUAAUUUUUUUUUAUUUUACACUUUUACACAAAUUUGGAUGCUUCAAACUAUUUUUUUUAAAUUUCUAAUCACUUGACAUAAAAAAUUAUUUUUUUUUUUCUUUUCAUUCAACAACAAAUGCACGUACAAAUGCUCAAUCAUUGUAAUUGAAAAU